AGCUAGCUAAAUUGCUAACGCAGUUGCUAGUUGAAUUGGACAAACGCAGCUUUACAUCGUGCAGUUUUGCCUGUUAUCGGAUUUUGCAGUUAGACUGGUGUGAUUCACCAUGCAGCAGAUCGAAGAGGCUGCUCCGAGUCAGGAGGGGGUCGUGGAUCUGGAGGAGCCCAAGAAAAUGACCCGAGAAGAUUGGAGAAAAAAGAAGGAGCUUGAAGAGCAAAGAAAACUGGGAAAUGCUCCUGCUGAGGUUGAUGAGGAGGGAAAGGACAUCAACCCUCACAUUCCGCAGUAUAUUUCAUCCGUGCCAUGGUAUAUUGACCCUUCCAAAAGACCUACACUCAAGCACCAGAGACCUCAGGAAGAGACACAACAUCAGUUUUCAGCCAUCGGAGAUUGGUAUAAGAGAGGCGUGCAGGAUAAAUCUGUCAGCACAAAGUACAGAAAGGGGGCAUGUGAGAAUUGUGGUGCCAUGACUCAUAAGAAGAAGGACUGUCUUGAGCGACCCAGGAAGGUUGGGGCAAAGUUUUCUGGUACAGACAUUGUUCCAGAUGAGCACCACCAGAUUCAGUUGUCCCUGGACUAUGAUGGGAAGAGAGACAGAUGGAACGGCUAUGACCCUGAGGAACACAUGCGCAUUGUGGAGGAAUAUGCUAAAGUUGACUUGGCGAAGCGAACUUUAAAAGCUCAGAGGCUGCAGGAGGAGUUGGCUACUGGGAAACUGGACCAGUCGGAGAGAGAACACAAUAGUGAAGAUGAAGAUGAGGACAAGUAUGCAGACGAUAUUGACAUGCCUGGACAGAAUUUCGAUUCCAAGAGACGUAUCACUGUGAGGAACCUGAGAAUCAGAGAGGACACUGCUAAGUACCUGAGAAACCUGGACCCAAAUUCAGCUUACUAUGACCCAAAGACCCGAGCCAUGAGGGAGAACCCAUACUCCAACACCGGCAUAAUUCCAGAAGAGGUGGGGUAUGCUGGCGACAAUUUUGCCCGCUACAGUGGGGACACAAUCGGCAUGGCACAGUCUCAAUUGUUUGCCUGGGAGGCUUACGAGAGGGGUACAGAAGUGCACCUGCAAGCUGACCCCACCAAACUAGAGCUGCUACACCAGUCCUUCAGAGUCAAGAAGGAAGAUUUUAAAGAGAAACAGAAAGAGAGCAUUCUGGAAAGGUACGGGGGUCAGGAGCACCUGGAUGCACCCCCAAGGGAGCUGCUUCUGGCUCAGACAGAGGACUAUGUAGAAUACUCUCGACAUGGAGCAGUCAUCAAAGGCCAGGAGAAAGCCAUAGCACGAUCGAAAUAUGAAGAGGAUGUCCUUAUUAAUAACCACACCUGUAUCUGGGGUUCUUUCUGGAAAGAUGGAUACUGGGGCUACAAAUGCUGCCAUUCUUUGGUCAAACAGAGUUACUGCACAGGAGAGGCCGGCAGGAAAACAACAAACACCUCAUGUGUUCCAUUUGACGAAGGGUUAGAGGAUGAAGAAGAGGCACCAAAGACACUUUUGGAGAUGCAUCAAGAAAAGUUGAAGGAGAAAAAGAAGAAGAACAAGAAGCAUAAGAAGAAGGAUACAGACAGUAGUGAUGAGGAGGAUGAAGCCAAAAAGAAAGAAAAGCUGAAAAAGGCGCUGAGUGUAGAGGAGCAGCGACUGAAGCUGGUAGCAGAGAUGAUGCAGCUGGAUGAGAGAAAGAGACCCUACAACAGCCUGAAGGAGGUGCACGAGCCCACCGAGGAGGAGAUGGAAGCCUUCCGGAUGAAACGCUAUCGACCUGAUGACCCCAUGGCUUCCUUCCUUAACCAGUGAUUUGGAAUCGACCACUGUCUAAUCACUGCAUUUUGAUCCUUGCUCACUUUGGCCUUGUAAUGGCCUUCUACAGCCAUUUCAUGUAGGGUUAAAAUACUGGAAAUGAUGAACCAGUGGAAUUUAAAUAUAUUAUUUGUUUUAGAUUCAGUAUGUGGUGAGAUCAUUUUAUUAAAACCUGUAAAUAUAGUCCAUUUAGCAAAAUGCACCAUGUUAAUGAUUUAUUGUACAUCUGCUCAUGCGUCUGUUUUUGCAACAAUAUAAAGACCUAAAACAUG